CACAAAUACAAACCUUCCGAUCCUCCCGUCAUCCCAAUCAUGGCCAAAACACCCAGAGAACACAAGAGGAAGCGCGAAGAGUCCUCGGCUCCUGCCGCUGCUGUUGAAGCCAGUGCGAAUGCUGCUUCGGCGCCUACUGCUGAUGCGCCCAUCGCUGAACAUUUCGGAAUGAACCCUGCGCGAAUGGCAUUCCUGAAUGCCGGCGAAGAGCCCGAGCUUGGUUAUGGCGGUGGUCGUGGCGAGCGUGGAGGCCGUGGUGGUCGUGGUGGACGCGGUGGUCGUGGUGGUCGUGGUGGACGUGGAGGCUUCCAGCCUGGAUCAUGGCGUGAGGAGCGCCUACCCCAGGCUCAGACCGAGCUAAUCGGUGGUAAUAAGAUCGUGUUCGACGAGAACACUAUUGGGGACCAGGUUGAGGCUUUGGUGAAGGCCGAGGAGCCGAAGGAGAAAAAGGAGAAGAAGAGGGACAAGAGAGAUGGGAAAGAGAAGAAGGAGAAGGCUGCUGAUGAGGAUGAGCCCAAGGCGAAGAAGGUCAAGACUUCAAAGACUGAGGACGAGACCAAGGAGAAGAAGCCUAAGAAGGGUAAAAAAGAGAAGGACGAGGAGAAAGCUAAGGCUAAGGCCGAGAAGGAAGCGAAGGCUGCCAAGAAAGCCGAGAAAGCCGAGAAAGCCGAGAAGAAGGCUAUUAAGGCCGCGAAGUCUGAGAACCGAAGACUGAAACACGAGGCGAAAUCCGAGAAGGCGAAGGAGGAGACGGAUGCUCAGGCUGAGGUUAAUGGCGAGGAGAUUAAGCCCUCGAAGAAGGAAAAGAAGGAGGCGAAGGUGAAGGAGAAGAAAGAGAAGAAGGACAAGAAAGACAAGAGCGUCAAGAAGGAAAAGAAAGAGAAGAAGGAGGCCCCCGCAGACCCCGAAUCCACCUCCACCUCCGAAACCCAACCAACAGACGAAAACUCCACCAACUGGGCCGCAGCCGACCUCAACGGCGACGACGCUCGCAAGAACAAAUUCCUCCGUCUCAUGGGCGCGGCGAAGGCUGGUAACGCUACCUCGGGUGGUGGAAAACUCGAGGAUUCAGAGCAGAAGAGGAAGAGGGAGCAGGAGCUUGAGAAGCAGUUUCAGGCGGGAUUGGAGAUGCAGAAUAUGAGGAUGAUGGGCGGAGGCGCGAAACGUGGGUUGGGUGCAUAGAGGGGAGGAAAAGGAAAGAAAGGGAGAGAAAGGAUUGCAUCAACUAUAGAUCAUACGUACACCCAGUACAGAAUCGUACAUGCAUUUUAC